UGAGCGCGUGCACAGAAGUAUUAACAACUGGCGGAAGCCGGCCGUUAGGAGACCGGCGAAGCCUUCUUACUUUGGUGGUAACUGUUAACGGAUAACGGAUAAUACUCAGCAUUCCUGCGCCGGGUGCUUUGGUCUUUGGUUUGCGUACUGAUGUUGGACCUACACGGUGACACUCAAGAUUUGCAGAUUUGCUGAGGGUCCGGAAUACUGAGGUGGAAGGCACCUCCUGUUUAAGGGGGCAUGUAUAUUUCCUUUCCGUGACGCAUCCGUUCCACAAAAAGAUGCAAACGUGCCAACGCGCAGUCAACUAAAAAAAACAAAAACAAAAACAAAAAACCCACCCCUCUCCCAAUUUAACUCCGGGAUCGUGGAUCUGCCCUUUCAGCUCUCCCGAAGCUAUUCGGACGGUGUCCGGGGAGCACCGGAGGGGGCUAGAAUCUGGCGCCCUCCUCUUCACCCUCAAGAUCAUCCGACCUGACGCACGCGUGCUAAUCCUGGAGGGAAAGAAGGGACAGCUUUUCUCGCACACAGCUCGCGAUCCGGGCACCCGGGACGAGAUGCCCGGCCAGGGUCCGGUGCCCACCAAGACGUACUGCUGCUCUUCCGCAGAGCCACCUGCAGGGGCCAGGACCGAGGGUGGUGACAGCGGAUCAGCUGGACAUUCUUAUUACCAGAAUUCCAAAAGUACUGAUGGAAUCAAAGAUGGGCACAAAAUGAAUUCCCACAUAGUCAAGCUACAAGAGUUAUGGAAAACUCCUCAAAUUCAAACAAUUGACAUUCCUCAGUCAAUUACAGAUGUGUCCUUUCUAAAGCAUCCAGACCUCACCACGUGCCAGGAGCGCUACCUGUGCGGCAUCGCUAAGGUCUGUAACGUGAACUACCUGAGGGUGUUAAUGAAGAGGCAGUACAUGCACAUGGUCCAGCGCAACUCUCAAAAGCCAGGUGUCCUCACUCAUCACAGGAGCCGCCUCAGUUCCCGUCCCUUGCAGAGGCAGCAUCACCCCUGCACUACAUGGCGACACCAGCUGGAUAGAGAGGACUCGGGGCCUUCCAACACUGCAGCUGCCCCUGCACCUGCAAAACAGCAUUCCCUUUGGCGACCAGUGAGAAACAAAGGAGGACUAAAAACUGGAUAUGUGUCUAAAACAAGAUAUAAGUCACUGAAGAUUUUUAGAAAAACAGGAAGACUGUUCAUGAAAUCAGUUUCUACAAAUGAUUUUGAAUCAUACAUGAACGAAGACAAAAAGGAAGAGUCACUAAGUACAUGUAUGCAAUCCAUGUCAAUUGAAGAACAGGGAGAACAUCGGAUGUCACCUUGAUGAACUUGUGUAUCGAAAUGCCAAAGCUAGGGUAGGGGUUGUGAAUUGUGUCCUCUGUCUGCCUUUAGGACAGUAUUGUUAUACACCAUUAAGUCAUUCAAUAAUUCUAGUUUGUUCAGAAACUUUUAUAGCAAUGUAAUUGGUUUGAUAAAGUUCUAUGUUCCAAUAUUUGUGUAAUAAAGUCUAUGUGCAAUAA